AUGUCAGCGAUUUACAAGGCUCUUCAGUCGAAGCAAUCUAAGGAUUCAUCCUCAGUUGAAAAAACCAAACACAUAAACAGACAACGUCUUUUGGUGAUAUCAUCCCGUGGUGUCACUUACAGACAUCGUCAUCUAAUUUCAGACUUGACUGCAUUAUUACCACAUGCAAGAAAGGAACCAAAGUUUGACUCUAAGAAGAACUUAUAUCAAUUAAACGAAGUUGCUGAAUUAUAUAACUGUAAUAACAUUUUCUUCUUUGAGGCAAGAAAGCACCAAGAUUUAUACUUAUGGUUAUCUAAACCUCCCAAUGGACCAACUUUGAAGUUCCAUGUUCAAAAUUUACAUACUUUAGAUGAAUUGAAUUUCACCGGGAACUGUUUAAAAGGUUCAAGACCAGUUUUAAGUUUCGAUAAAUCAUUCGAAACUAGUGAUCACUAUAAAUUAAUGAAAGAAUUAUUCACUCAUACCUUUGGUGUGCCACCUCAAGCUAGAAAAUCCAAGCCAUUCGUCGACCAUGUGAUGACUUUCUCUAUAGUUGACAACAAGAUUUGGGUUAGAAACUAUCAAAUUACUGAAACCAUGGAACAAAAAGAAGUUGAACAAAGCGGAAACGGAGUGGUUGAAAACGUUGAAGAUUUAUCGUUAGUUGAAAUUGGACCAAGAUUCGUUUUAACAUUAAUUACCAUUUUGGAAGGUUCAUUCGGUGGUCCAAAGAUUUAUGAAAAUAAGGAAUAUGUUUCACCAAACUUUGUUAGAGCACAAUUGAAACAAAAGGAUGCCGACCAAGCCAAGUCAAGAGCUGAAGCUGCAUUGGAUAGAAAGAUUAAGAGAAGAAACCAAGUAUUAAAGGCUGACCCAUUAAGUAACGACGCUUUAUUUAAAGCAUAA